AUGGUUAACCAUACCAUCGGCAAGUCGACCCAGAGCUCUGAGCGACGUUCUCUCCGUAUGCUGGUGGUGAAGGAGGUUCCCGAUAAUUGCUUGCCUCCUAACCAAAGAAGGGACUAUUGCGUGUUCAUCCUCGAUUCUUAUAAAGUCAACGGUGGCACUUCGCUUGCCUUCAAUAAGGCUGCUGACUUGAGAACGAUCGACCUCGAGGUUGGAGCGCUACUCGGGUCGAACUUGACCCCGAUCGAUGUUGGUGUCUGGGCUUCUGGUACGACUACCUGCUAA